GAUGCAAGGUAACCAACCAUACAGAGAAAGUUACUUGAAUUAUCACUCCACCUCCUUGGUUCAGAUUUUGUUUUUUCAAUUGUCUAGUAAAUUUGGGAAUAAAUUGUUAAUAAUCCAUAAUUUUUUCAAAUGCAUAUUUUUCAGACUGACCCUUAUUCAUUCCACGAUUUUUCAAAUACCUAGGAUGAAUCAAUUUGAUUCAAUCAAAAGUCUUAUAGUUUUCUCUCUAUCAAGAAUAGGAACAGCUGAUUAUCUACUAUAUCAAAGAAUUUCUGACCGGCAUACAUUUUUAAACUAAAUUCGACCAUGAAAUCAUCCGUUUGUGUUUACCCUUAAUGGGAGACGGAUUGAAUGUUGAAUAUAUUGACUUCUUCAAUCCUUGUCAAUAAUUCAAUUUGAAAUAUAAUAUUUUUAAGCAAGAUAAAUCUUUUAUUUGACGAUGAGUCUCAGAUUGUAUUCCUUGAUGUUUUCAAUGGCUUCUAAACUACAUCCGCCUAUGAUUACUCCAAUCCAUGGACGCAACUGUAUUGAAUCCUUGUACAUAAAACCGCAGCGAUUCAUUGUAUCAUCUCGCAGUUACUCCGUAGAACCACCCCCAUCUUCCACCCCUGGGGUGCAGCAGGGUCAGAAAAUUUUCGUCGAGAAAGAGAUCGAAGACGAAAAACGCAAACUGGCUGCACAGCUGAUAGCCAAAGGCAUCAAAACAAUGGAAGACGAAGACAAAAAGUUGCGCAUAAAAGGUUCGAAGUUGGCAGCAAUGGAUUGGAAGACGCUCGAGAAGAAUUUGACAAUUUGGCAGAUGAAAAUCGCUGAUAUUCUACAGCAGAUUCAGGAUAUGAUUCCGCAAAGUAUAAAAAAUAAAAUAAAGAAGCGUUAAUGUUCAAGAUAAUGCUCGAAUAAUAUUGGAUGUUGUGAUAAUAUUAAUUAAAUGGAUUUGUGAAGGGAUGCAA